AUGACAAGAUACCAACGUGGCGACUUGAUGGAAGGUUGGAACGACUGUCCUCCUCCUACCCUCUCACGUGACUCCAGCUCCUCCAGCAUUAGCACCGCCAGAUCGAAAAGGCGCACUCCGAGACUCUCCGGGCUAGUCUCUGGUACUGAACCUCCAACGCCUCGACGUGUGUCUGGAGCAACAGCUCCUCCCAACGGGCCACCUACGGUACCCCCAGGAGCUCCCCCAAUGGGACGUACUGCACUGGCUGCAUCUUCAAUUCUGGGAAGCAAUCUGGAACGUCUGUUAAACACAACGGGUACCGAAUCAGCUGCUGAGUCGUUUGGCGAUAUCAACCAGACUCCCGAGAAAUUGCAGAGCAUCCUCAAGGGCGCUGAUCUUUCCGCAAAUGAUGAGACCUUCUUCACAAACAGAAUACUCGAUGUCUACCCCACUUUGAGUGAAAACCACAAGGGGUUUGUAAGUAAAAUUGUACACGGACUUGCAAGCGGGCAAGAAUCGGCUACACUUAAAGGAGAAAUCCUCAAUUAUAUGAUGAUCCACAGUGGGGUCAGCACAUGGUGUGUUCCACUCAAGAAGCUCGUGGAGAGCAUAUGA